AUGGACGCCGGAUUUUCGUCCUACCAUAACGGUGGCCCUACGAGGGAACAAGACUUUGGCAGACUGUCGCAAACUAUUGGGACGUCGAUUUUGAAAAUAUCUCAAAAUGUAUCUUCCAUGCAAAAGAUGGUCAAUCAAUUGGGUAGUUCUACAGAUUCUCAGGAGCUACGAAAUCAAUUACACCAAAUACAGCAUUAUACGAAACAACUUGCAAAAGAUACUAGUGUACAUCUUGCAGACUUAGCUGUGUUAGCUAAUAAUUCAGGUUCCACCAGCCCUGGGGAGCAGAGGCAACGUAAGAUGCAAAGAGAACGCUUACAAGAAGAAUUUACAAGCGCACUAAAUGCUUUCCAAGCAGUACAAAGGCUCGCAGCUUCCAAAGAGAAAGAAAUGUUUAGAAGAGCAAAAGCGAGCGUGGGCAUCGCACCGUUCGGCGAGAAGAAACAGGAGACGUUGAUAGAACUGCAAGAUAGUAAAACUCAGAAACAAAUACAGCUACAACAAAUGAAAGAGGAACAGAAUCUGCGAAUGCUGGAGAAGCAAGAAGCAAGCAUAAUAGAAAUGGAGAAAGAUAUUAACGAUAUCAAUAAAAUCUUUAAAGAUCUUGGUACAAUAGUAUACGACCAACGCGAAAUGGUUGAUUCCAUAGAAGCCUCUGUCGAAAGGACUGAGGUGUCUGUAAACGAAGCUACGUCGCACGUCAGACAAGCAAGUAUGUAUCAAAACAAGCUGCGUAAGAAAAAGUGUAUACUCGUUCUUAUCGGAGCUAUUAUACUCUCUAUACUGAUUGGUAUCAUCGCUUGGCGAAGUUCAUAAAAUAUUUUCCAUCAACGAACGAUACUCUCGUGUACGAGUAGUAUGACGAUAAAGACGUAGUUGCAUAUUAACUGCAAGGUACCGUACUUGAUUGGUGUAUUCUCCGAAACAAGCUCUUGAUUUAUUUAUGAAUCGCUUUAUAAAUACAUGUGAAAGGAUGUAGUAUUAUCAAUGAAAAUGAACACGGGGAAGGGAGAGAGCAGCUUGCAUCGCAUUAUAUCUUAUUAAUAACAUUCUUAUAAUUGUGAUAAUAAAUGGUGCAAGAUCUAUUUUACGAAUAAGAUGUGCAAUGGCUAGUCUAAGACUGCCCAGUCCAUUUGUACGUUUCAUUACUCAUUGUGUAAUUUUAGCGCAUAAUACAAGUAUGGAAAAAAUGAUAUAAACGUAAUUGUACGUACGCGUAGACCUAUUAAUUGGUAUAGUCGUUAUUAAUAUUCAACAUGAUUUACAAAGUAUACUCAAUGAGUAUGAAGAUUGAUUUUAAGUGCAUUUGCAUCCGUGUCUCGCGUGAAUUGUAUGAUGAAUCAGUAUGGGACGAAUGUAUUGAUGUAAUCUCUGUAUAGUAUGCAAGUUUCGAGCGUCCUAUGAAUAUUAUUCUUAUCCAUAAACAUCGUGGUAAUCAGGAUAUGUGAAACAGCAAAGUAUAUAAAUGAAAAAUCGUAAUUUAAGACUAAUAUAUUUAAUAUUGUUGAUUUAUUUUAAUCGAAAUGUAAUAAAAGUAUAUGAAGCAAACUACUUACAUCGGACUUGAGAAAAAUAGUUAUUUACGUAAAAAGUAAUAGAAAUUAAUAAUAUUUGGAAAAGGUUUCAAUAAAUUUCACCCCUGAACAUUUAACAUUUUACGAAAUAGAUCGACGGACAAUGUCAGGCACGUCGCUGUUUAGAAAUAAUUAAGAAUUAUUUUCUCAAUUAAUUUAAAUCGGGUAUAUUUCAAGCUGACAGUAGUAAUCGCAACAAAUUUUAUUAAAUAUAUUAUAUAACCGUGGUACAUAUCUGAUAGUAUAGUUCUUACACUUUUAAUAGACUUUUGUUUUUAGACCAUAGUUCCUCGUAAACAAAUGUAAGAAGCACCGUCGUUUUUUCUCUGCAAUUUGUUUUACAAUAACUAAUAAACGAAUUAACGUACGUGAA